UCUCCCUGCCGGAUCCUGCAGUAUCCAUGGCUACGUCGUCCGCGAGGAUUUCCCGCGAAAGACCGGAAGCGUGAUCGCACGGCGAGGUUCGGGGGCCCGUCGCCAGCCACGGCAACGAGGGGGAGAGCGAGUCAGCGAGCGACGAGAUAGCAGUAGCAGCGGCCAGCAACCAGUAGCCAGCAGCAGCAGUAGCGACAACAGCGACAACAACUGCGACCGGGGGGAGUGCCUUCGGGAGCGGCACCCGGGUAGUUUUCUCCGAUCGUUCGUCGCGUCUUGUCCCGCGAUCAUGCCAGGGACGAGCUGAUGACUAUCGACGUCUGCAAUGAUGUGACAAUAAAGAUACCUCUUUCCACUCUCCGAUAACUCUGGGAUCGUCUCUAUUACACACAGUGCUUCCCAAUAACACACACGAAUCGAGGAUCAAAACGCGCAAAAAAAGCAACGUCAAACCGCCGACCGUGGUCGGCGUCGUGGAAAUCGGUGCCAAAAGUCGACAGAGACAAGCCGUACGAGCCAGCCCCGCGAAAGUGUGUCAAAGAGGGACCGAAGGGGGUGAGACGGAGAGAGAUAGAGAAAGGGAAAAAUAUAUAGACGCAGCGAGAAGGAUCAGGCCGGAUAUCCUGAGGAACGGGGAGGACAGGACGGGCGGAUACGUGCUAAGGCGUGUCGAGCCGGAAACACGAACGGGCAUCACGAGUACAGGGUGGUGGUGACGCAGGCAGAACGGUGGUGGUGGUGGUGGUGGUGGUGUGGCGGCGGGGCAGGCAGGUGGCGGGAUCUAAGCCGGAAUAAGAGCAGUUAGAAUGGGCAACAAGCUCUCCUGCAGUUGCGCACCCCUAAUCAGAUCAAAGACGUAUCGGUACGAGGACAGCCCAUGGCAGGCCGGUGCCAGGGGCGGGAUGGGCGGCGGCGGAGGACGCAGGGGUGACACUGGCCACUUGCUCAGGUGCGGAAGCUUAAGAGAGAGGAAGAGGCUGUGGGCCGAAGUGUUCCAUGUAAACUCGAGCGGGGGUGGGACCGUCAAGUGGCAGCAGGUGUCCGAAGAUCUGGUCCCGGUGAACAUCACCUGCAUCCAGGACUCGCCGGAAUGCGUCUUCCAUAUCACCGCGUACAAUAGCCAGGUCGAUAAGAUUCUAGACGUGCGGUUGGUCCAGCCAGGUACACGCAUCGGCCAAGCGUCGGAAUGCUUCGUUUAUUGGAAGGACACAGUGACAAACGACACGUGGGGGCUGAACUUCACGUCUCCCAUAGACGCGAAGCAAUUCAGAGAAUGCUGCUCACCGUCGUUCAAGAUUUCAAGGAAAGCGUCCUCUUCUUACUCGUUGAAGCUCGAGCCACCGAACAAGCAGAAGAUCAAAACACGCCGAAAGCCGCUGUCGACACCGGCCUCACCGAGCCGAUCCAGAGAACCUCAGUGCACCUGCAUGACUCCGGAACAGUUCGCCAGACUGCGCAGCCAAGACACCAGAUAUCGAAGUCCAUGCGGGCCGUCUACGCUUCCACGGACCAUGGGACGAUCCACGGAAAUGGACAUGACGCCGGGACGAGACAAAAUAACAGCGGCCACAUCCAGCGCAUCUCUCUACGACAACGUUAACAAUACUAGCGGAACACCUGGGAAAACACCAAAAGCUGGCGACUCGGCCAAGCAGAAGGAGAAGCAGAACGAGACGUGUCAGACGACCCCGAAGACUGCCAACAUUGGAAUCGGAACGGUCACAGUAGGAUCACAGGCAAGCAUCGACAGCCCCGACGACAAAGGUUCCACGAUAUCGCCGAAGAAGCAGAAGAGCCAGGACACGUCCACGCAACAGAACGGCAUUGAGAUGCUGAAGUCGGAGGGCACUCAGGCCGGCGGUACCCUCCAGAGCAACCCUCGGUCGUUCCACCGCAAGGAACAGCUCCACCACACCAAGUCGGCCGACUACACCGAGCUGGAGAUGCAGAACGGCAACCUCUUUAAUAUCGUCAACAAUAAUCAUGGUCACAGGUCGAAGAGCAAGAGCACCGACGACAUGCGGAUCGAGAACGCGCAGAACGGCAUCAGCCUGGACUCGAACACUCUGAAGCGCAUGCUGAAGCCGAUGCCGAGCAUCGACAGCCCGGUAACGUCGCCGGAGAUGACGAGAAAACGUCACAGCCAUCACAGCUAUCACUACCAUCCGAGCAAUAACAAUCAGAAGUACAUGAUGCAGGAGGUCGACAACGAGAACUAUGCGCAUCCGUAUCGCGCGCCUUACAAUAACAAGUUCCAGGGUUCCAGGAGCGCCCACGAUAUGAGUCGGCAAUACUCCGGCGGCAGAGGCAGGACGUACUUAGAUUCGGAACGUAAUCGGUGCACAGGUGACAUGUCGCCGCCCUCGGACAAUGUCAUCUUCGACAACCAGUGCUACGCCACCACCCCGAGCUCGUCGAACGGCAACUCCGACAUGGAGCAGCCGAACCACUGCAACUCCCGCCGCUGCAACGGCGGCCAGACAUAUCAGCAGAGCAUGCAGUCGGUUUCGACACCGGGCAGCCCGACCAGCCGGCUGCUCCUCGAGUACGAGAUGCAUCUCAGGAACACCCUCGCCAAAGGCAUGGACGCGGAGAGCUACAGCCUGCGCACGUUUGAAGCUCUGCUCACGCAGAGCAUGGAGAACUUGGAAUUUGCGGAAAACAUACCGUUGAACGUUCAGCGCACGCCUCACGCUUCACGAAGACGUUCCAGUUCCAAUAAAUCGUCGACCCUGCCGCUAUCGUACCGCUACUGCAACGAGAGACAGAAUAGCAAGGACCGAGACGGCUACUACAGCGAUCGCAACGAGAUGGUGAGAGAGAAGAGAGAGCGAGACGCCGAACGGGAUCGCGGCUAUCUCAGCGACUACAAUUCUAGAUGCGCCAGCUGUAUCGGGGAAUCCGCGCGCGCACAAUGGUUCCGGCAUUCAGACGGAUGGCAGUCCGGCAGCUCGACCUUCGGCUCCGGCGCCUCGAGUUCGAUAAAUCCAGGAUACUCGGGACACAAGAGAGAAUCGCCCUGGGAUUCUCUGCCGUCCCUGAGACACGAAGGCAGUCUCAACGACAGCGGUUACAAGUCCAAUCGAACUGACUCGCUCGAACAAAGAGGUACUUUUGACAGACAGGACAGCGUCAGAUCUGACUACAUGUCCGACCGGGAUGGCAGAUACGGAAUCGUUCAACAAGCCUCAUUGGAGAGCACCGACUCAAGGCUCUGCUACUUGACGUCUUCCGAGAUGUCGGACGAUGAUAGGAUGUCACUCACCACCGCCGUCAGCGACGAUGACGACGGCGAGAGUGCUAUAAAUUCGCCCUAUCGAAAGCAGACCGGCACGGCUGCAGCUUCAUUCAAUUGCACCGGUGCAGUUCGGAAGGCAGGAUUUCUCAGCGUGAAGAAAUGGUUGCUGCGCAAGAAGCAUCAGAUCGAGCUGGCCAAGAAGCGAGGCUGGAGGGGUUAUUGGGUCUGCUUGAAGGGCACCACGCUCCUCUUCUACCCCUGCGAUUCACAGGAGAGCAGGGCCAUGGAGGCGGCACCUAAACACCUGAUCAUCGUCGACGGUGCGAUCAUGCAGCCGAUUCCCGAACACCCGAAGAAGGAUUACAUAUUUUGCCUGAGCACCGCGUUCGGGGACGCCUAUCUAUUCCAGGCGCCGUGUCAAGUGGAGCUGGAGAACUGGGUGAACAGUAUUCAUUCGGCGUGCGCCGCCGCGUUCGCGCGUCAUCGCGGUAAGACCGGCACGCUGCAUCUGCUGCAGGAGGAGAUUUUCCGUCUGGAAAAGGCGAUCGAGUCGGACCACAAGAUGAAGCACAUGGCGGAUCUUCAGCAAUCAGUGGUUUCCGACGUCGAUACCAAGCAGCAGAUCAACAAUCAAAUAGUACAGUGGGAGGAGAAUCUGGAACGGCUCCACUGUGAGCAAUUCCGCCUGCGGUGCUACAUGGCCAGUUUGCAGAGUGGCGAAUUGCCCAAUCCGAAGAGUCUACUGACGCACGUGUCUCGCGCCACGAAGCAAACGCUAAACAAGCUGGGCGUGUUCACGGUGUCGUCCUUCCACGCGUUUAUCUGCGCGCGUAGCCCGUCCCUGCUAAAUAAUUUAUUGGCGGGUCGCGGAGCAACGAAGAGACGACCGCCGCUGUUGUCGAGAUCGAACAGCGGCUCCAGCAGACGCUCGCUGCAGAUCUCGUCCAGGGACGAGGAGAAGAGCGUGAAGGUGUCCGUGCCGGAAAAUCAGGUACGAUCGUCAGGACAUCGGCUGGUCUCGGUGUUCCUGCGUGACGCGAUGACCGUGGAGGAGUUCCUGGCGAGCGCGUGCACCAGAAAGAAUCUCAAUCCGAUGGAGCACUUUGUGCGCGUCAAAAAGCGCCGGGAUAUGGAGGACCAUAAUUACUUUGUGCCACAUAGGACUGAUUUGAUAGAAACCUAUUUGCAUACGCACGAAAUCGUGGAAGUCUGUGCCAAGAUUUUAUAUCAAGUGGAAUUGCAAAGAAACACUUUAGAACAAAUGUGGGGCUUCUCCGUCGAGGCGGAGCUCAUAGAAAACUCCGAUAGGCAGGACGAGCUCUGCUGCUACGUUAGUAGAGUGGAAGACAAGAGCGUCGCCAUGCAAAACGGAAUCAUUAAGGGCGACGAGAUUAUGGUAAUCAACGGCGCCAUCGUGAGCGACUUGGAUAUGAUGUACUUGGAGAGCGUUCUGCAGGAGGAGGUGGGUCUCUGCAUGAUGAUGCGAUCCUCCAGGACGGAGCCACCGGAUCUCACGGGCAUUAUGCGAGUCACCGAUGACAUAAUCGACAGCCUGGUCUGCCCGCCGCCGCCCACCGACCCGCCAGUAAUCAGCGAAGAAAUGAUUUCCGGUCUGAUUGUACCGGCACCCGGAUGGAGCAAGGAGAACAUUAUGCAGGAAUGUUCGUCGGCCGGUCACAUGGAUAACAAGCAGUCCUCGCGCACAAAUUCCUUCGAAAUCGAGAACCUCUUGAAAACUGCCGAACAAGUGACAGGGAUCUGCCGUUCUCCAGGUGAGACCAGAAAGUCGAGUCCCACCGGAAGCGUCGUCAGUUCCCACUCGCAGGCACUCACACCGAGCCGGCAGCUUAGCGACGCUGAGAAGCUGAAGAAAGUGAUUUUAGAACUGAUUGAGACUGAACGGACUUACGUAAAGAAUUUAAAUAAUUUGCUGGAGAACUACUUGGAACCCCUUAAACGCGAGACCUUCCUGUCGAACGCGGAGAUCAACGCGCUGUUUGGUAAUAUCCAGGAAAUCGUCACGUUUCAACGACAGUUCCUGCAGAAUCUCGAUCACGCCAUCGAGAUGGAGGUCGAUUUCAAUAGCUUUGACCAUCCGAGUCAAUUUAAGGGAGUCCUGUUUUCCAUUGGAAGUGCCUUCUUAUAUUACGUAAAUCACUUCAAGCUAUACAGCUCGUUUUGCGCGAGUCACUCGAAGGCUCAGAAAGUUUUACAUCCAAACGAGGGAAAUCAAGCUUUACAAGAGUUCCUGCAAGCGAGAAAUCCUCGGCAGCAACACUCGUCGACCUUAGAAUCGUACUUGAUAAAACCUAUACAAAGAAUACUCAAGUAUCCGCUGCUGUUGCAGCAGCUUAGGAAUCUCACCGAUGAACGAAGCGAAGAACACCAACACUUAAUCGAGGCGCUCAAAGGCAUGGAGAAGGUGGCGGAGCAUAUAAACGAGAUGCAGAGAAUCCACGAAGAAUACGGUGCUAUUUUCGAUCACCUGUUCAGGCAACACCAAAAAUCCUGCAAACAGCCGAUCGACUUAAGUCCAGGCGAUCUUUUGUACUACGGCGGCGUCGAGUGGCUCAAUAUUUCCGACUUUCUCGGCAAGAUAAAGAAGGGUCUCGAGCUCCACGCGAUGUGCUUCGUAUUUAAAUCGGCCGUCGUGUUCCUGUGCAAGGAAAGAUUGAGACAGAAAAAGAAGCUCAUGGGAGUUUCUACGAAGGCUAACUCAAGCGAGGUAGAAAUUAUCCGUUACCAGGUGCUGAUCCCGGUGACGGAAGUCCAGGUCAGGGCCAGCUCCGCCAAGGAUAUGGAGUCCCACUUCUUGUGGGAAUUGAUUCAUCUAAGAAGUCAAUUACAAAGGAGGUCGGAGAAAGUAUACGUACUCUCCAACAGUACGACGGAAUUCCGUAACGCGUUUCUGAAGACGAUCCGGCAAAUCAUUCGUGAGUCGGUGAGAAACAUGAGCAUACCCUCGACGAAGAACAUGAGCCAGGCGCCGAUGUCGAUGACGCCGCGAAUGUCGACCGGCCAUGUGGAAAAAUUCAGCAAGCAACAGGUCGGCCAGACGCAGAACGGAAACGGCGUGACGGGCACGCUCUCGAAGAAGGCGAUGAAGCAGCAGCUGCUGUCCAGUUCGCACAAGCGCAAAUACAGCCAGUCGAAACAGCCGGUGGAGCACGAGAGCUCGGAGGAUAAGGAUCAGGAGGAUGCGCCGGUCCCCCAGCAGCAAACGUUCCGCUCCAGAAGCAAGACCAUAAGCGACACUUCCGGCGAGAUGAAGGUUGAGAUGGAUUCGGGUACAAAGUCGGAAGGUGAGGAAGACUCGCAGGCUUUUUUAGGCGAGAAGAAGAAUCUCGGUCGCACACCUAAUCAUCUGACGCUGAGCACCACGUCGACCAUCUCGGCGGGGAGUACUGGCAGCCAGGCUAGGUUGAUCCAGUCUUCCCAUCAGCCUGAGAACUAUCAACCUAUUACCGUCAAGGAACUUGGUUCGCCGAUCUGGAAGCCACGGGAGCUACCCUCUUUGGGGGAGGCCACCACAUUGCCGCGCAAGGGUAAGUCGGCCGGCGAGUUCGCGGACAUGAGCUCGAGCCACAGCGCCUCCCGAAAGUCUCUGAUAGAAAUCAACAAUUGUGCUCAACAACCUAACUUUAAUAAUCACGUUUAAGUUGAAUAAUAUCGAGGCUGACUCGCUAACGAGGUAAUACCGUUAAGUUACCACCGCCAUUAAACGCGACCACCACUACUACCAUUAUCAUCACCACCGACAUCACCUACCAUCACCACGACCGAGCGUAAUACACAGAGAUAAUUAUCCGAUUAUUGCGAAUAAUCACGAUAACGAUACGCGAGGAACACGCAUUCCGCCGCCCACGUGGAAAUUCGCGAAGACUGCGCUUUCUCCCUUUGCUCUCUUCCUCAUUUCGUCUUCCAGCAAGGAAAUCCAUAUGUGCUUGCGCGCGUGCGACGCAGUCGACUGUACCAUUUGUACGAGAGCAAGCGAGAUGCUUGAUCGAGCUUUCUCCUCGCCGAUCAGGAGAAUCUGAUCGGAUCCGAUCAGAUUAUCUCCUCUUUCCUCCUUCGUCGCGUCUCUUGGCGGUCGACAUAUUCAAAUAGUUAAAAAAGUAAAAAAAAAAGAAUUAACGACGUAAUAUUAAAGUUAAGAUAAAGAGUGUGUCAUUAAAUUAAGAUAAGAAUGCCAGACUUAUGGUAAAUAGUUUUGAUUUUGACAAUCGUAACGCGGACGAUCCCCCGAAGUCGUAGAAGCGAUGCCGAGCAGAUCGCUGGCUCUGAAAACGAAUAAUUCAAUGGCGAAUAAUAAAUCGUUAAUGAAUAGCCGAUCUAGUUCUUCGUGAUCGAACAAAAGACUGGAUCGGAUUAAUGGAGAAUAUGAAUUCUAAGACGCUUACCCCUGCUCAGUGAAUAGUUUAAGUUCGCUCGCUUCGUUCUACACAUAUCAUUUCUCAUUAGUUUCGGCUUCUCCCUUUUUAUUGCUAAUGUUAUAAAAAAUUGCGACUGCAACAUUCAGUUUUAAAUAUGUUCAUAAGAAAUCCCUAAAAGUGUGCAUUUGAAGUUAAAUGAAGCAUAAAGUUUUGGUAUCCAUUUUUAUACUCGCAAAAAUUGAUUUACAAACAUAAAGAAGUAAGUUCUUGCAUAUUGUUCGAUAAUUUAUAUAUAUAUAAAAUAAAGCACUUUGCAUUCUGCAAAAUCCUGUACAUAUUAAGUACAUAAAGAAAAGGGAGAAACUCUAAGGUGAGAUUAAAUAAAUCGAGAUUGUUAGCGUGUCUGAGAGAUCCUAGGAUGGGUCAAACCGUCGCUUCUCGAAUAUAUGUAUCUCCGCUUAACAGCAUCAGCCGGCAUAAUUUCAACGUCGCCGGCUUUACGAGACGCGAUUCGGUUGUCUUUUCGAAAGUCGUCAGUGAUCGAGGGCUCCGUCCCUCGAUCCUGUUGGUCCCCCGUUUCCGCGUGGACGGCGGCGCGGAUGAUCCGGAGAGAUAAUCGACUCUGUAAAUAAUGUAAUAAUGAUAUUUGUCGUCAUACCAUGUCACUAUGAUUACGCGUUACCAUGAUCGUGAUCGAGCGCUCGCGCGUAGGCGCGCUCGUUGCGUUGUUUCCCAUCGUUACCAAGCUCCUACACACAUCCCCCAUUUUUUUAUUAUUAUAUGAAACCGUCGUGAUGCGCGUCACGCCAUUGACGAUCGCCGGAUGACGUGAGGACUGCGAGGGUAGCGAGAGAGAGAGACUUAUGCGUUUAAAAAAAAAAAAAAGAAUUUAAAAAAAAGAAUAAAAAAGGAAGAAGAAACAAGAGAUUGAAGAAGCGAUUCGCGCGCAUAGCGAGUAAGUCUUAGCGAUUAAAGAGAAAUCAAUUAAGAUAUGUCGUAUGUGUGUAUAUACAUAUACAUAUACGUAUAUAUAUGCAUGUAUAUAUACACGCAUACAGAAAAUAUAUGUAUACAUACUAUAUAUAUGGAAUGUUAUGUGAGAGAGAAAGAGAGAAAGGGUAGAUUUGUGAAUUGCAUUGUAACGUCGUCCACGGUCCCCUCCCCCCCAAAAGAAAUUAAAAAAAAAAACGUUCCGCCGCGUGUUAACCUGUUUUCAGGGUCGAGCAUCCUCGCCAACAUAGCAGACUUUAUUUUUAACGUUACUUAAGAUACAAAAGAGACCGACUGAACGAGUGAGAGAGUCGAAGGGUCUGUUUUCCACUGCUGAAAACUGGCGCUGGCUGCGCUAGUUCAGAGUUCAUCUUUUUCCUUCCAAUGUGGAGUAAGAAAGAUGAACUCUGAACUAGUGUAGCCAGUUCAAUAGAAAUAAACAGACCUUAUAUGUGCGUAUGACAGAGUAAGAGAGAAAGAAAGAGAGAGAAAGAGAAAAAGAGAGAGUGAUGAUCAGAGUGUUCGAGACCAAAGCUGCGAAGUGAGAUGCGCCGACAUAACGACGAGAUGCAUUAAAGGCCCGUGAUUAGCAUGCAUGGAUGUAUGAGAGAAAAAGAGAGAAAGAGAGAGAGAGAGAAAGAGAAUGAGAGAAAAAGAGAAAAGAGGCGCACACUCGUACUUUAAAACGUACAUAUUGAAUUUUAGGGACGGCGAACGGUAUCGGCACCGAAACCUUUCACGAUAAUCCGACACAUAUACCGCGUUGUUAAUGGGUAUUACGAUAAAUUAAGAAUGGUAUCGAGGGAUUAAUACGUGUAAAUUAGACGACAGAAAGUAUCCACAUAGACGUAUACCUACAACCAAAAAAAAUAUGUAUAAAUAAAAAAAAUAUAUAUACACAUUCACACAUACAUAAAUACAUUUUCAUACACGGCAUGCAAGCGUUCAAGCACGAUUGGUGGUGCGAGCUGGUGGUGUCCUCCAGAGAGAGAGAAUAUCUUCUCGAAACACUUUAUGAAAAUUAUUCCGCGAAUAUUUUUCGCGAAUAUCUCAAGAUAUCCCGGCAAUAUUCCCUAAGAAUGUCCUAAGAGGCUCGUGGGAGAUUCGAGGAAUAUUUCUCAAAGGACGAGAGCGUUCGAAGGAUAUUCAUCGAGACAUUCCGAAGACAUUCUGGAGGACAUUCCGUCACCUCUCAUCGCCACGCGCGCAACCCAUGUGCAUACUCGAGGGAAUGCGGAUGUUGCGCGCAACGACGUGACCGAUCAGUCUUAUCGGACGCGAAGGGAGACGUUCGCGAAUUCGCGGCGAUCGCGUUUCCUGAGUAGGACAAUAAAGAGACGGAUCGGACGACGCUUGAGGCGGCGCGGCGUCACGUCGCCGGUUUCUUCGAGGAAGUCUCCCGAUUUUGGUAUAUCGUUCUUUUACCUUGUGAUUCCAGCUGCGGAGUUAGCAUCGAUCGCUGUAAACCGAUUAGCGGAUUCGGAAUCAUAUAUAUUGCGAGCUUAGAUCUUCCUCGACGUCGGGCUGACGUUAGCGCGACGACGCCUCGGGUCACGCAGGUCUUGCUAAAACUGAGAAUCGAUGCCUCUAUAUAUGCGAGUAUCGGUGCUGAUUGCGUCGUAUCGCUUAAUUAUCGAAAGACUUUCUGCAGCGAUACAUUGCACAUUAACAGGAAUCAAUCGUAGGUGCGACGGAAUUAUCCGUUUAGAGAUCGUUAACGUCUUCGUUCAGCGCUCCGAAUCGACGAUCGUCUUCCAGUCGUGGACGAAUAAAGGAUUUAAUUGCCAAUCUCUCAAUGGGAUUUGAUAUAGUCAUAUCGAGUACAUACACAACGCAUACGCACAUAUUCAUCACGUUGUCGUCCGUGACGAUCUGCGAUUCGGACGGAUGCGUUUUUCGUCGCGAUCUUCGUGUUUGAAAAGCGAAGCGUAUAAUAUUUUGAUAUUAUAAUAUUGUAAUAUUAUGAUAUUACAGCGUUAUAAUAAUAAAAUGUUGUACAACGUUAUAUUAUAUACGUAUAAUAUUAUAAGUUUAUACAGAUGAACGAGAGGGAUCGUGCCGUCAAUGUUGCGCGCAACAUCUGGAAAAGAAGAAAGAGACUUUGUUCUAAAAAUCUGAAAUCGAUCGAAAUCGCUGAGAAUUCAAUAACGUGACGAAUUUUCUACGUUAAUGCUUUUCGGAAAGAGACGAUUGCGUCGAUACGAAAGAGAAAAAAAAAUGUACGUAUUCGCGAAAUCGCGUCAAUUAUUAGUAUAUUUCGAGGAGUGUAAUUAUACGAGUACUAAUUAUACCGGCCGGGAUACUAUUGUACAAUUUGUACAGUGUGCAUAGGAUGGCGAGAAGACGGGAACGGGUGACGCGUUUGAUCCUUUCCUUUUUCCUUCGUGGUGGACCGCGCGAACCGCGGAAAUUUUAUCCGUAACGUCUAAUAUUGACUAACGAAUGUUUUAUCGAAUUGCUGUAAUAUUGCUUCCAUCUCGAGCGCGUUACCACGCAUCUGAUGUGCGUGCUUUGACACAGAUUUCUUACGAUUUUACGAACCACCGCGGAUACCUCUGCGACACGUACGUGCUUUUACGAAAUUGCAUUAAGCGGUAAAACUCGUCAGCUUGACUGCCCCAGUCACCUCCUACUAUUGUAAUGCGACUUUCUAAAAAUUUUGUUGUUUUCGUGUUUUACAUUACAAUUGUUGGGUUUAUAAUGGUAACGUAUAUUUUUCCGAUCGAAUAUGGUGCGUUGAUUUUUAUUAUAAAAGUUCGAGCAGCAUUAAUUUUUAAUAGGAAUAAUUAAAUUCACGUUUUUACGGAUUGCGUAUGGAUUUUAUGCCAUGUACAUAUACUUUGCUUAUAUUCCGCAAAUUAUCUUAAAGUCGUCAAUACAGAACAAAAGAUCGAAGCUGUUAUUUUCAUGGAAAGAUAGAACAGGCAGUCAAGAACAAUAGGAAUCAAUUUCGUCCUGCGAAUUCUUUUGUGCUGAAAAGUCGAUCGGACGCUCGCCAGAUUUAUCUUGAAGCGCUCGCGACAAGACAACCAAGAAUGACAAAGGCUCUUUCUUUUUUUUUCUUCCGUUUGAAAUCGAGUAUGCCACUACGCACGGGUCCUGCCAUCCUGCGCGACAGUAGUUCUCCGAAAGACAGAAAUAUCAGCGAGAAUUGAACUGUAAAAUCACGAUACUCAAAAACGUGGAUUUGUCUCGACGAAGAAAUUUUCGUUGAGACACACGUCCUUCGGUGAAACAUACCGGAGAAUCUUUUUUCUUCUGUUUGUCGAAGAAUAUACGUGUCGGAAAAGUGUGACGAACGUGGUGCCAAAAUUGUCGCAUAGCAAUAAUUAGUAGGAUUAAUAUCAGACUGACUUAUAUAUAAUAGUGUUCAAGCGCGGGGAGUUCGUCGAAAGGUGAAAUCUCAAUGGAAACUUAUCGCUGGACUUAUCGCGAUUAAUAAUCGCAUAACUUCGGCGAUUGGUAACUGCUUUAAUUGCUGACUAAAGAAUUAUGCCCAAAAAAAACUCACGUAGAAAUUUCGGGAAUUACUACAGACGCUCUCUAACACACAUGAAUAAACGGAAAUUUAUGCAGAAACUUAACGCAUCGAAAGAAAGAUAAAAUAUGAAACGUAUCAAUAUACAGUCGGGUUGGAUCUUUUCCGGUCUAAUAAUAUAAUUUGCGUGAAUUAUGUACAUUUUUUCGCUUUAGCAAGAAGAAAUAGUUUGCUGAAGCGAAGAAAUCUACAUAAAUUCAUAUCGAAUAAUAUUAGGCAUAAUAUCCAGCCCAACCGUAUAUUAAUACAUAUCCUAUUUGCUUGAUCGUUAUCAUAAUCGAUCAUGAUUUUCUUAAUAAAAGAUAACAUUAUUAUAUCUCGCAUGACUUGAAGAAUUUAACGCUGCGAUUUGUACAGUUCGAUUUUCCUGAGCGAUUACUUACGAUAAGCAACGAGUUCGUUAACUGCAAUUUUUCCGAAAUAUAAAGUUAUUAAUUUUUGCUAGAAUAAUAUUCUUGUAUUUAACGCAAAGAAAAUGUGCUUCGCAAGCAAACGGUGCUUUGUAUAAUUUAGACCGUAAGGAAAAAUUGAGGCAGGCAUUUUUAGUGACUUUAGAAUUUUUUGGACUUAUCCUAAUCGCCGUUGCUCAGAAGCUCGUUGUGUCAAUGAAAAGGAUGGCAGGAACAAAGGAUACGAACAGAUACACGUCACGUAGACCAGCACACGUGGACACAAUUCACGUGCGAUCGCGCGGGACACGUAUAUAUACACGAAACAGUUCACACAAAAAAAUAUAUCUAAAUAAGGCAUCGGUUAAGAUCUGACAGCGAAAAAAAAAAUAAUAAGAUACCUACUUACUAAUUACUAUAGGCGAGAACACACGUGCAGAUUUAAGGGAAAAAAAACUUAACGGAGGACCUUCUGUUGCUCGAAUUAUUGCAUUGUCUACUAUAUAUAAAUUUUAUUGUAUAAAUUCUGUCGAGAGAGGCGCGCCUCCGAGCGAGAGUCGAUGUUUCUUUUUCUCCUCGACCCCCGUAUCCUUCCUGCCGGAGGAUCUACGAGGACAUUCGAGAGAAAGAGGCUGAGGAAAGUGCGUGACACACCCGGGGAGUCGCUCACCCGCGCGGAUAACGGCGUUUAUAUAUUUAAGUUACUGUCGCGAUAUAUCGAAAGGUACCGCUUUUCAUAGACGACAUUUGACGACGCUACAAAGAUUUUCCGUCUAGACUUCCGUCGUGGAGAACAAUCUCGUCCAUCAUAGAUGGUCUGCGAUAAAGUCGACUUAUCCUUAUCCCCCCGACGUGAGUAUUAUAUUAUAUCUCUGAUAUAAAGUCCAGUCCGCAGCUGUGUAAACAAUGUAGUACGAUUACCUCUUGAGCAUUCGAAGUACGGAUGCUUUCUUCGUGUCUGCCAUACGUUGAAGAGCGUGUCGUCGCGGUCACCUUAUCGCGGCCACGUCUUCUAGCCGGAGUUAAUCGAGCUUAAGAUAGUGCGCCUCGUAUAUUUAUCUUCCCACUUAAGAAAUCUCGUGAAGAGUUUUGAAAACAUGAUACUAUCAAAGGUUAACGUUCAUUCAACCGCAGCUGAAUUCUAAAGAAAUGUACAUUUUGUAUAAGCUCCAAAAAUCAUUUGUUUCACGUUUACGUUCGCAGAAUCGUGGAAGCUCCACGCGCGAAUAUUAAAGUAAGAUGAGAAAAAGAAUACUAUAUUACAAUAUUACAGUUCGCCAACGCUUAAUUUUUUAUAAAUCUAUCUUCCCAAUCAACAUAAAAAAAGAUAUAAUAAUAUAUCCCGCAAAGAAAACGAGUGAUUAAAUAAUUAUUUAAAAAGUUAGAUACAUUUGAGAAACUUUCGUAAAUCGAAGCUAGAAAUUUACUUGAGGUUGAGUACUUGAUAAAAAUGGCCUGAAAAGGGUUGAACGUAUCACCAUCCGAUUGCUCGCGAUUCCCGAUGGAUCUAACCCCACCAUUUACGCACUUUCCUCGGCGAUGAAGUCAGGUCGGAGAAAACAAAAAUCGAACAGGGUCGAGACACUCUAGCUCGGAGACGUAUCCCAAUAGUUGGCCUAGUACCGAGUUUCAUAUUUUUCGCCCCCUCCCGGGUACGCAGUGGAUCGUCGAACGAUUGAUCGUCUAUUGUAUGAUUAUUGACAUUCUUCCAGAAAUUUUAUUGAUAGAUAUAUAUAAACUUUAUCGCUACCGUUGAACAUAGUAAUAUUUGGGGGUAUAUACGAUUAGGGCGAUACCUUGGGUAUUUAUUGGGGACACCGAGAAUACUAUAUUGAAAGAAAGAAAAGCAGAGAGAGAAAAUAAAGAGAGAUUAAAAGGAUGAGAGAAGGGUCUGAAAGAGAAAUGCGGGGUUGGUAGGAUUAUUACAUAUAUAAAAAUAUAGAAUAUAUAAGAGAGAGAAGGAGACGUUAGGGGCACAGUUAAGGGAAAGGACGGGGGCGGGUGAUAACGAAACGAAGACGAGAUAGCGUGUAACGAUGUAACGAGUCUUUCCAGACGAGAACGAGAAGAGAAAGACGGAGAUGUACACGGAGACGAGGAGUAUCUCUUCCUUGCGUUGAACGUAAAGCGAUAGUAAGCUGGGUGGCGAGAACCAAGGAUGAGAUUAAAUGUUGCCGCAGCGUAUGCGAGCGGAAAUAUAUGGUACGCGCGCGAGAGAGUAUAAAAAGAAACCCUUUACGUUUUCUCAACUCGUUACGUGAACGGUACGUUUAGCAAUGGAAUAUAUUAUGAUUACGAUGAUUGCUAUAUUCGUUGUUAUUGUUCCUCGGUUGUAUGCGGAGACGUUUAAGAGUGAUCCAUUUGUACAAUCAUUGAGUCAUUAAAAUAUGAUUAUUCAUUAUGGAAA